UGACAAAAUCCUUGCAGUAGUUUAAUACUCUUAAAAUAAUUUCGAUUUUUACACUUCUUUUAAAUUACAGUUUAAUACCUUUCAUAUAAAUUUUUUUAUCUGCAGUUUCGAAUCAUGACUAGUCCGUCGCCUAUCCUUUUGGCCUGCUUCGUGCACCUGAUGCUACACACCUCGAUCUUCAUCCAGAUGGAUCCGGAUGAUUUUGCUGACACCCCUAUCCUGGGCAGCCAAAUAUUCUAUCUUUCGGUGAUGGAUCUGCUGUGCCACUGCGAUGUUAUACCAGAGCAUUGGAAAUACGUUCCGCCAUGGGGCAAGUUUAUCCUGGAGACAAUCGUCAUCUUUCUAGUUGGCGAGAUUUUCAUGGUUGGAGUGUGGCUCUCUAUGGAAGCACUUCUCGUCGAGCUCAUCGCCAACGUCACCAAUUGGACGGGUCUCGUCAGCGCGUCCAGUAAACGCUCGAAAAGGUUCUUCCUGGAGAUCAGCACUUUGGUCCUCGGCAUUGCUUUCUCGGUGACAGUGGCUGCGGUCACAAAUCGACCGGCCAAGAUAAAAAAAAUCGGAAGCAAAAUGUUGGACACUAUCAAUCAGGGCAGGCUUUCAUUGUUUGCCGGCCAGGAAUAGACGAUUCCACGAUCGAUUCCAUUAUAGGGCGAAAAGUGUCGAACUUUUUUAUAAGGUACCUAAAUUUGUAAUCUUUUUUAAUCUUGGCCGUAAAUUUAUAUUUCUUAAAAUCUGCAUUAGCACUACGUUUUAUAAAA